AUGUUCAGGUUACAAAAUGGAAAUAAUCGAAAUCCUACAUCUGUACAAUUUUACUGCGCCUUUAAAAAAUUAUUCUGUUUGAAUUAUUUCCAACAUUCACCAGACGCAAAUUGUAUUAAAGACCUAGAUAGUAUAUUAUGUCAUUUAAAUCCUGCAGAGCAAACAAACAGUUCCAGUGUAAUAUUUCCUGAAGAAACUCCAAUCACUUGUUCAACCAGCUUGAAGAUAGGUACUGUUGACUAUAGAAAUCUUGAUGUACCAGAGUCUAAUGCUUUGACUUUUGUUUGCGGAUACCUAUACAGCAAAUGUCUUAAUGUGCAUCGUUGUGAAUUUUGCAUAGAGUAUGGUAGAAGCCAAAAAGAUCUGGACAAAACACUUCUUUUGUGCUACUUUAAGGCAUAUACCAAUAAAGAUAAGACAAAUGGUAAUCUACAAAUGCCCCACACCAGUUUUUAUGACUACAUAAAUGAGCUAGAAAAUUUGUUUACAAAGAAUUUCGCUGUUUUUGCUGUUGAGAAAAAUGUAGGAACUAAACUCAUAAAUGCCUGUUAUAAUGUUCCAUUUUUUAACCCUUGUGAACAUUUUGAUCAUCAAUAUCUGAUAAAAUUAUUUGUAAGGUUCAGAAUUUUUUCUUCGGUUACAUUUUUAAAUAGGGAUCUUAUAUCAAUAAGAAAACUUAGAAACAGAAAACUUGCAAAUUUACAACAUUUGUAA